AUGGGGGCAAAAUGCUGUGCUGUAAGGAUUGCGCACAACAGGAGAAUCGAUCCUGAUGCCUAUGUGAGACGAAGUGUUUUACAAGAAGAUCGAGCCGAAGAUGGAAGGCCUACGGGUGUUCGGCAGAGACGCUUUGAUGCGCCCAUUGCGUCAGAGCAGCACAAAAGCCGAUCUGAGUGGGACUGUUACGGGUCACAAAAGGACAACACAACCGUCGCUAGCCGUCGAAUCGAGUAUCGCUAUCAUUCAGAGACCCGAAUAGACCCGGAAAAGUUGGGUAAUCGUGAUCAGCUUGAAGGAUGGCUUCCACAGCAGUCGCUUUCGACGCGAAAACUCGAACAGAGUGACCGGCAGGACGCCAUACUCUCAGGUACCCUUCAACAGAUUUUGGCCUAG